AUGAGUCGGCAGGACGAAGCAAACUCGACCCCGGCCGCCAUUGACUACAGCGCGGCCCCGCCGAACCUAACCACCCUCGCCAACGCAAGCCUCUUCGAGACAUGGAGACCUCGAGCCCACGUACUCCCGCCUUUCGGCCAAAUUGGCGAUCCGUGCAUGCACUACACGGAUCCCGCAACGGGACUCUUCCACGUAGGUUGGUUAUUCAACGGCAACGGCGCCUCGGGCGCAACGACGGAUGAUCUCGUCACCUACCGCGACUUGAACGCGGACGGGGCUCCCUUCAUUGUGCCCGGUGGGACCAACGACCCCAUUGCCGUAUUCGAUGGCUCCGUCAUUCCCGCAGGUGUAGACGGCAAACCCACCCUGCUGUACACCUCCGUCUCCUACCUGCCCAUCCAAUGGACCAUCCCCUACACCCGAGGCAGCGAGACGCAGUCCCUCGCCGUGUCCUCGGACAGCGGACGUAACUUCACCAAGGCGCAACACGGCCCCGUGAUCCCAUCCCCGCCUUUCGCACUCAACGUGACUGGCUUCCGUGACCCCUUCGUCUUCCAAAACGGCCAGCUUGACACCCUCCUUGAGAGCGGCAACGGAACUUGGUACACCGUCAUCUCGGGCGGCGUGCACGGCGACGGGCCCAGCCAGUUCCUCUACCGCCAGUAUGACCCGGACUUCCAGUACUGGGAAUAUCUGGGGGAGUGGUGGCACGAAGCGGCGAACACGACGUGGGGCAACGGCGACUGGGCCGGUCGCUGGGGGUACAAUUUCGAGGUGGCCAACGUCUUCAGUCUCAACGAGGAGGGUUACGAUUCCGAGGGGAAAAUCUUCACGACCCUGGGAGCCGAGUGGUCGCUCGACCCCAUCGUGCCCGAGGUUUCCGAUUUCCGGGAGAUGCUCUGGGCGGCGGGCAACCUGACCCUCGUAGAUGGCAAGGCCAAGUUCACGCCCGAGAUGGCGGGCAAGAUUGACUGGGGCCACUCCGCAUACGCAGCAGCUGGCAAAGAACUGCCCGCUUCGUCUCAGGCGUCUACGAAGAGCGGUGCGCCAGAUCGGUUCAUUUCGUAUGUCUGGCUGACAGGCAACUUCUACGGCACCCAAAACCCCGCCACGAACCAGCAAAACUGGACAGGCACCUUUCUGCUGCCGCGCGAGUUAAGCGUAGGCAAGAUCAACAACGUAGUCGACAACGAGCUGUCCCGCGAACAGGGAUCCUGGCAAAUCUCGAGCGAGAGUUCAGGUGUUCUCGAGCUCUCGACGCUGAAACAGCAGAUUGCGCGGGAGCCCUUGGCGAAAUUGAAAAAUGGCGCUUCGUACACCGAGGCAGGUCAGACCUUGCGCUCGCCCGGUUCGGUGGCCUUCGUCAAGUCCCCCGACUCCAAGUUCUACACCAUGACUGCUUCUAUCUCGUUCCCCCAGUCGGCCCGCGGCUCGGACCUCAAGGCCGGAUUCCAGAUCCUGGCUUCCGAGCACGAGACUACGACUCUUUACUACCAGUUCUCCAACGAGUCCAUCGUUGUCGAUCGGACCAACUCAAGCGCCGCCGCCCAGACGACUGACGAUAUCGACUCGCGGAACGAGGCUGGGAGACUUCGGUUAUUCGACGUCGUUGAGGAUGGUGCGGAGAAGAUGGAGACACUUGAGCUGACCAUCGUGGUUGAUAAUGCCGUUGUCGAGAUUCACGCCAACGAUCGGUUCGCCUUGAGUACUUGGGCUCGAUCAUGGUAUGACGCGUCCAAGGAGAUCCGCUUCUUCCACGACGGUACCGGUGAGGCAACCUUCGGGAACAUUACUGUGUACGAAGGGCUUUACGAGGCCUGGCCUGAACGUAGCAGCUAG